UGCCCGGCUAAGGCUGCCUGGAGUGCGAAGGAAGGGGAGGGGGGGAGAGAGAGAGAGCGCCUGGGCCCUGCGACGUCACCCAAUCACCGACCGCGCCUGCGUACGGAGGGCCCACUACCCCUCUCUCUCUAUCUCCUUUUUGCCCCCCUCCCUCCACUGUUUUCCUAGGGAGAGCCCCCCAACGGCUGUAGUGGCGGUUGGCGGUGACGACGGCGGCGGCCGCCAUGGGCCAAAAAAGAUAGGGAGGAGGGGGGGAGAAAGACGGGUCCUCGCGCGGACCAAUAUAGGUAAGAGAAAAGAAACGGAGCCCGGAGGAAGAGAGGGCCUCUCGCCAGUCGCAGGUCCACUUUGAUCUGCUUUUGUGGAUACUGGCAAAAACGCAGAAAAAAAUGGGUGUCAAAACAUUUACCCACAAUUCCCCUGCUCACAGUCAGGAGAUGCUUGGAAAACUUAACAUGUUACGUAAUGAUGGACAUUUCUGCGACAUUACUAUCCGUGUGCAAGACAAAAUCUUCAGAGCGCACAAGGUAGUAUUGGCAGCCUGCAGUGACUUCUUUCGUUCCAAAUUGGUUGGCCAAGGAGAAGAUGACAGCAAAAGUGUACUUGACCUGCAUCAUGUGACGGUGACUGGAUUCAUACCCCUUCUGGAAUAUGCAUACACAGCAACAUUGUCUAUUAACACAGAAAAUAUUAUCGAUGUCUUGGCUGCAGCUAGCUAUAUGCAAAUGUUCAGUGUUGCUAGCACUUGUUCUGAGUUCAUGAAGUCCAGCAUUUUAUGGAACACUCCAAGUAGCCAACAAGAAAAGGUGUUAGAUACAGGACAGGAAAGCAGCGCAAACUGCAACUUCACCUCUCGCGAUGGCAGCCUUUCCCCUGUGUCCUCAGAAUGCAGCGUGGUAGAAAGAACCAUUCCUGUUUGUAGAGAGUCACGGCGGAAACGCAAAAGCUACAUAGUAAUGUCACCAGAAAGCCCACUUAAAUGUAGCACUCAGACAAACUCUCCACAGGUUCUGAACCCUUCAGCUUCUUAUGCGGAGUCUAGAAGUCACCCUGUAGAUUCUUCCUUAGCUUUUCCUUGGACUUUCCCUUUUGGAAUUGAUCGAAGACUUCAGUCAGAAAAGGUGAAACAAAUAGAAAAUUCUCGGACUCUAGAAGUGCCUGGCCCAUCUGACGCGUCUAGAAGAAUUGCUGAUUAUGUGACUUGUGAAAGCACAAAGGCCAGCUCACCUCUGGUGAUUGAAGAAGACGUGCGUGUAAAAGUGGAAAGAUUAAGCGAUGAGGAAGUUCAUGAGGAAGUAUCACAGCCUGUGAGUGCAUCGCAAAGUUCUCUGAGUGAUCAACAGACAGUUCCAGGGAGCGAACAAGUCCAAGAGGACCUUUUGAUCAGCCCCCAGUCAUCUUCUAUAGGUUCAAUAGAUGAAGGAGUCACUGAGGGAUUGCCAACACUGCAGAGUUCCUCUGGUGGCAAUGUUCAUGCAGAUGAUGAUGAUCGAUUGGAAAAUGUCCAGUAUCCUUACCAGCUCUAUAUUGCUCCUUCAACCAGUAGCACAGAAAGACCCAGUCCAAAUGGCCCUGAUAGACCUUUUCAGUGUCCAACAUGUGGUGUUCGGUUUACCCGUAUUCAGAAUUUAAAACAGCACAUGCUCAUCCACUCAGGCAUUAAACCAUUUCAGUGUGACCGUUGUGGGAAAAAGUUCACCCGGGCUUACUCGCUAAAGAUGCAUCGCCUGAAGCACGAAGGUAAACGCUGUUUCCGGUGCCAGAUAUGUAGUGCCACUUUCACUUCCUUCGGGGAAUAUAAACACCAUAUGCGGGUUUCCCGGCACAUUAUCCGCAAGCCUCGGAUUUACGAGUGCAAAACAUGUGGCGCCAUGUUCACCAACUCUGGAAAUUUAAUCGUUCAUCUGAGGAGUCUGAACCAUGAAGCGUCAGAGCUAGCAAACUACUUCCAGAGCAGUGAUUUCCUAGUACCGGACUACUUAAACCAAGAACAAGAAGAGACCCUCGGCCAGUAUGAGCUAGGAGAGCAUGGAUUUGAAAGCAGCUCCUCUGUCCAAAUGCCUGUUAUUUCACAGGUUUCAUCAACUCAGAAUUGUGAAAGCACUUUUCCCUUAGGGCCUCUGGGUGGGUUGGCAGAAAAGGAAGAAGACAUGCCAGAGCAUCCAAAGACUAUUGCAAGUGCCGAGGCAAGCCGAGAUGACUCCCUGAAACCAGGGCUCUCAUCCAUUACUAUUGAAUAAGUAAAAAGUUUGGUUUCAGUUUUGUCUUUUUGGAAAGUGCCUGUGUUUGGUCUUGUACAUUUUAAUUUAAUUUUCAGAAGGGGGGGGGGAGAAUGUACCCCUUUUUAUUUUGUAAGCUAUGCUGUUGAAACCAUGAACUGCAACAAAUGUUACACUAUUCUUCACAACCAAAUGGUCACUUUUGUGGAAACAUUUUAAGGCUGAAAUGCACAGUAAGGUUUUGUCAGAACAUCACACGCACUUCUAAAGAAAAGCUAAGCACACACAAAUUACUAGUAUAGUUUCUUGUUUUUAUGGUAGGAGUAAUCAUAAGGGUUUUGUUUUGCCACCCUCAAUUUCAAAGAUCUUCUGAUAAUGGAAGAGGAACUGAUGGCUCUUAAAUCCUUUUUGAGUAUGCUGUCAAGUACUGAGCAGUCAAAUUACAUUUGAUGGUAGACCUCUGAAUAGUUUUGCCUAGAAUGAAUCUCAGUUUCCCUUAGGCAUGCUUACUUGCAAUCAUUAUUAAAAUGUGCAGGGCCUCUGUUUUUAAAACUGUAUGAUUUAUUGGCUUUGGCAAAACAAGGGCAGUGUACCCAGGUAUGCUUACCUUUGGUAUGCCAUUCCUCCUUAAAAACUGCUCCUACAAAUGGCCUUAUAUGGAUUUCUUUCUCUAAAGUGAUACUUUACAGUUUUCACAGCAGGAAAUUCUGGAUUUACUGUAUGUAAGCAUUUGGGAGAGUAGAAAAUUAUGACAAGGAGGGAGAGGUUACAAAAAGCAAAUGAGCAUUUGUGCAUUAAUGUACUCUCCUGUGAUUUACACACACACUUAUGUGUGUGUGAACUACAGUUUUAUUAACCUGUUUUUAGAUAAAACAAGCAAUGUAUUUUCCUUUAGAGGCCAUGUUUCUAAACCAACCGGGGUUGUUUACAAAAGGCCUGUUAGCAAUGAUAAAAUGUUCCUAUUCUAAAACAUUUUUAUGCCCUUUCCAAGCCAGUUUCACAAAAGCCAUUACUUUGGCGACACUCACAACUCCAGCAAGCAAUAAUCUGAACGCUUUGCCAUUUAAUUUUCCUCUCUUAAGUUUUUAAAAGGUUUAAAACACAAGAUGGGGCAUUUGAAAGGCCACAAGUUCUUGUUUUGUUUCCUAUGUUUUCUGUUCUGGGUAAAAUUUAGAAAUUUAAAUUAAACUCUUUUUUUGUUCAUUCGGUUUUGGGUAGCCUAAAAUAUCCCAAGUUUCAUCAUUUACCUAUUGAUUUUUAAGAAGUGUGAGACUUAACUGAGAAGGUACUUGAAUUUCAUAUGAUCAUUAAACUGAGGAUAAAACAGUAAAGCAUUGAUGGGGAAGUAUAGUGAAAAAGCUGCAGAGGUGAAAUAACAAGGUGGAUAUAUUAUGCAACCAAUACUGAGGUCUUUGAAAACUCUGGAAGUUAUAGUUUCAAAGAAAUAUGUUUCUGCCAAUAGCAAAUCCACCGAAUCUAGAGAAACUAAUCCUUAUACUUCGCAUUAUUCUUGUAAAGGGCUUCACAGAGAACUACUAACAGACUUUAAAUUUAGGUGUUUUGCUAAACAGCUUUAGGGUUGUUUUUUUCUUCCCAUUAAUUUUGAAUUUUAAAAAAGUAUUCUUACAGAUUAGUAAAUUCAGUAUUUUCCAGAAGGGAUGUCCAUGCUGAGGUUCUGUCCUCCUUUUCAGGUCAGACCAGUGAUGGUUCUGUCAUCAACGAAACCAAAAAACCCCAAAGCUAGCAAAAAAAUAGGUUGUAUGUACAUUGGUAUUAUCAUUCCAGUAAUUUCUGUAAGGACUAGCUAUUUAUUUAUUUCCUCAAAUGCAGGAUGAAAUGGUUUUAGGCAACAAAUUUCAGCAAUCACAUUAGGUUCAUAAGUCUAAGUGAUAUGAAUGGUAUAAGAUGCAUAUCAGUUUCAUAUAUGUUCAUUCUUAAUGUUGUAUAAUUUACUUUUGUAUACACAGAUUUUUGUUCUGCCUACACAAUGCAUUUUAUCUUGUGUAAGGUCCAUUCAAGAGGCAUAAUUUGCUAGUGCAAAUUGUACAUUUGAUAUGUGCAAAUGUAGAGCAGGUGAUCUACAUUGACAGAUUUUUAGGGUAUUUAAAAUGUGAUAUCAGUCAGUUAUCUUUCCUGAAAAUAUGCUAUUAUGGAAAAUACUGAAAAAAAGAUACUCCAAAGAAAUCUUUUGGAGCUCAAGUUUAUUCUUACCUAAGGUAAACAUAGACAUAAUCAGUGUUUGUGUAAAAACAAUGACUAUUCUGUUGCAUCACAGUACAAAAAAGUUAUGUAUUGUGAUAAUAAGUCAGAAUUUUAAAAACUCUACCCAGCAAAGGAGCAAUUCAGAAUUCUCUUUCCCAUUGAGAGAGCUCUUUUUAGAUUUAAAUUUUCACUGUUUAAAAAAUAAUUAAUAAUUUAGAAACGUUCAUUUGUUCAGUCAGUAUUCAUUUACAAGCAUUUAAAAGGAAACCUUGUGGGUAAGCAAGAUAUUGAACACCUUGGGCAACUCUUACUUAAAAUUGUAAGCUCGCGUACUUUAAACUGAACUGUAAACACUGCAUAUUUUAAGUCAGGGAUAACAAACUGUUAUAUCCACGUGGUGGAUCCAAUCCUCAAAAUAACUAUUCGUUCCCUCACAGUCUGGAUUCUGGCCAGCAUUGUAGGAAAACAUUUUCACACCUGCUCAAUAUAGCAGCAACAUUAUCUUGCCCAAAUUUCAGCAUCAGACCUUGGUGUAUCCAUCCCAAUCUAGGCUCUUCAAGGAGAAUGACUGUUUCCCUGUCAAAUUGCAGCCCAAAAUCAUCACUUCCAGAGAACGUGAACCUAGGUAGCUAACCGAAUAAUGUUUACAGCCCAUUAUACCAAAGGUUAGUCAUCCUUUUAAAUUCACUUAAACAUAAGGUCUAUUCCUGCUUUGUCAGGUUGUCAUUCUAUGAAUUUCAUUUGUGGGCAAAAAGUUUCCAACUCAAGGUAGUUAUAAUGGGUUUCCUUUGGUAAUCGUCAGAAUGUUUGCAUUGUCCUGUCCAAAUUACUCAUAUGGUGGCUCAAUAUGAGCCAUAUACAAAAUACAGCACCCCAGGAAUCAGGAUGAACUGUGCAGCUUCUCUUUCCCUGACUUAUGAAAGAUUCAUAUGCACAUGGAAAGCAUCUGUUCCCACAUGCUGUUCAAAAAGGGGCUGUGGGACGUAGGACAGUCACUUAAUGCCCAUGCCAUGGACCCAGUGGGGAGUUUAUGUACAUGGGGAGAUCAGAUCUCAAGCCCUCAAAUCACAAUAUAGAAUGUCAGUUCCAUGUUGCAAAGCAUCCUAUCACCAGCUUCUAGUCCAAUUUCCCUUGAGUGCAUUAUUUGAAAAUCAGUUUGGCACCUUGUUCGCCAUUGAACCAGUGCGAUGCUCCCAAUUCUGAUGCAGAACACAACAGUCGGUGAUGUCUUUGAGAACAGUUCUAGUUUGGGCACUUACCUUUUGUCUGAAAAGUGUAAAUGUGAAUUUUUUUUUCAUUAACCAGUGCCAGUGUAGCAAAUAUAUAUUAUAUAUAUUAUAUUUUCUAAAACUAUAAUUCCCUAGGCCCCAGGUCCCAAAAGAGAUUGAAAUUGUAUUUUUUUAACAGUGCAUUUGCAAAUUUUUAAAUAAUGGCUUUAGCCAGGUUUUUUGGGGGGGUUGGGGGCAUUUCACUAAUUUUUCUUCACCAGCCUCAAGACAGCAGAGGGUUAGAUAAAAAAAAAUCCCUGCCUCUUUCCUAAAGUCUGCAAAUUUGGCAUACUGAAAAUUGUUUUGGAUGGUGUUUGAUAUAAAAGAGAUGCAGUUUUUCCCCCCCAUUCUUGGUUGCCUUUCUGUAGAAGGCAAAGCUAGCUUUUUUUAUCCUGAUAAAAAGAGACAGAACAAAUCUUGGUAAGUCUGUUGACUCUGUAGAAACAAGCAGUUUCUGUCUGAAAUCAGGCUUCCAUACUACAAGACUUUGCAGGUCACAUUUGGCUGGGAAGUGGGGAAAUAAUAAGUCAGGGUAGGAUAUAAUAAAUACUACAGCUCUUCGGUAGAAUAAAGCUGGUAUUUUUGAAAGAAAAGAAAUGAUACAGAAUUUUUAAAAAUGCAAAUAUAAGUGGAUUUAAAGCUCUCUGUUUGUUUUUAUGUCAAAUUCUCUGUGUGGUAUCAGAGGACUUCAGCUGCUUUAUGGAGAAUUGAGAAACACCCGAAAAGGAUGGUGCUGUUUUGUUUGUCUAUUAGGCUGCUGCAUGCUGCCAGUUUAUUCUAUCUCCAGUCCCAGCCAGUGGAAGCUUGAGUGUGCUUCCUGGUCCCAUUCUUGCAGUGCUGUCUCUCUGUGGAUCUUUGUAGAAUCCUUAAAUGGGAAGGGAGUAAAGCUGGAGUCAGAAGUGCAAACUGAAUCCUCAAAGGGCAUUCCAGCAACAGUGUGAAUCUUCCUCCCCCAUUUAACUGUGCCAGUCUUCAGUCACCAGCCUCCAUCUCAUAGAGCUUUUCUUGUCUGUGCCGACCACAGCUAGGCUACUUGGCAUGUUUAUUGACUUAAUGGAGAAAACAAAAAAAAUGUUUUUUGGGUUUGGUUUUUUUUUAAUGUUGAAAUACACUUUGCAUUUUAUAUACUAUAUCUGGCUAUUAGUAUUUUUCAGGAACCCAUAGUUCUUGGUGGCUAUAUAUAUAUUUUUGUGACUUUUUGUAAACUAAAGUGCCGUUUCACUGUUACAAUCAUUUCUAGAGUUCUUGUAAUCAAUGUGAAUAUCAUGGUUUUUUCGAAAUCCGUUCUGAGCCUGUAGUGUUCGCUUUUGUGAUUCUCCGUGUAAUGUAUAUAUUCUGUAUAGUUACCUUGUACUGAAAUAUUAGCUUGUUUGAUAUAAGAAGAAUAUGUAUUGGGUACCUUUUUUGCUAGCCUGGUUGUUUAAUCUUUAAAAAAAAGCCUUCAAAAAUUAAAAAAAAAAUCUCCAGAUUGGUCUCAUAAGUCAAAAUGAGCGGGAAGAAAAACUAGUUUUGAGUGUCUUUGGAUAGAAACAUAAUGCUAAGAUUUUUCAUUAAAAUAUUAAUGUUUUAUGGAGUAAGCA